AACCAUCAAGUCUUUCUCUAGCUCAGGGUGAGACCUGAGGCCAGAAACUUCUCCACCCUUGAGCCAGAGAAAGACUUGAUGGCUACUACUUUGAUAGACAAUACGGCCUUACAGAGAAGUAACACUACAGAAACUACAGACGUUUACAGAAUACCCAGUGAUUGCAGACGCACACGUUUAAGCCACACUAUUGCGAUGGAAAGCAGUCCUAAAAUUGGUUGCAUAGUAAGGAAUGAAAAGGAUCCGUAUCAGAUGCAAUGCAUAUUUUCAACGGACCCAGGAGAUAAACGAGACUUUUCUGUCUACUUUCAUUCUCCUGAUGGAAAGCAAGAGAUAAUGGCUAGUUGUACACACAACGAAAGAUAGAAUGUAUCUUUGCACAUCAGGGUCUUAGCCUCACAGAAGAUUACAUCUCAGUGUCUGAAACAUUUUCGACACAAAAAGGGAACUUUGUUUGUCGAGAUGCAGGCCCAGCAUUGGAGCAGUUUCCUUGUUUUUACUCAGGCAACAGUGUAAAGCCUGAAGUCAAGUGCGGCAUGACAGAUGUUGGACCCAACACACUUGACAAUUCUGUAGAUUUUGGAACCGAAGAUAACAAUCUCACAGUAAUUAUCGGUGCUCUUUGUGGAGUUGUGAUCGUAAUUCAGUUCGUAGUUAUCGGCUUUCUACUGUGGAAGAUCUACAAAUUUAAAAAAGAUCACGAACUUAUCAAGAGGUGUAUUCUGAACAGUGAUCAGGUGAUAAUCAGAAGAAGAGAGGAGGGAAGGAGCAUCUGGGGUGAAAGAGACAUGAUCAGUAAACAAGACCUCUUGCCUUUUUACAAGGAAGAAAACAGCUCUUUAAUUGAAGAUCCGUUUGCUGAGAAAUCGAAGAGCUGUAACGAAGAACCCGAAGAAACAAAAGAAUGUAAUCAUACCAACAGAGAAACAAUCAAUCAAGGUGACUUGUUGCGUUUUCCCGAAAAGGAAAACACCCUUUUAAACCAAGAUCCGUUUGAUGAGAAAUCGACGAGCUGUAACGGAGAAGCCGAGAGAAACAAAAGAAUGGAAUAAGACCAACACAGGCAUCGUCGAAUUAAUAGCAUCUUUGUCAGUGAAAUAAGAUGAAGCCAGGGAUGAAAUCGAAACACGAGCUGCCUUAUGAGAUUACAAGGUGUGGUCGAGCAGACGGGCACCUACCAGAGUGAAGAGGUUCGAUGACUAGGAAGAGAAUGGCGAACAUUUCGAGUUGUCAUUGGAGACUUGUUUUGUGCUCUGAAGAGACAAUUUUUUUUAUCAGAGAGUGAUGGAUCUUGCAAUCAUCUCUCUUACAGUUUUUUUUAAAAAGCUUUUUACGUGUAGAUAAUUCUGGUCUAGUACUUUACUGAAAUAGGUAACCAAUUAAUUUCAUUGUGUUCAUGUGUAUUCAAGCUGGUGUGAUGAUGAAAGUGCACACACUGUCACAGACGCUCUCACUCACUCAGUCGCCUGGACAUUUGCACGUUCUUUUCGUCAGUUAUAAACAAAACAACUAAAUCUGACUCUUGUCAUGCUUGUAUAUAUUUAAACGUAUUAAAAUGUGGUAAAGUACUUAUUAAAAAAUUAUAACAUAAUUGUUGAAGACAAACUGAUUAUUAAUACACAUUUAUUCAACAACUCUAAUUAUCAAAUAUUCGAAUAGAAAGUUUCUUUUUCUCAGUUUGAUUGUUAACAGAAGAAUACUAGAGUUUAUAGUUCAGCAAAAGGUCACUAUUUACCUUUCACACUUAGCAAUGUUCUUUUACAACAAAAAUUGUCACUGGACCCUGAUGUUCCGCUGAUGAAUUCCACAAAUUGUCAAAAAAGAAAAUCACUGACGUCGUCCACUAGGAAACAGAUGUUCAAUCAAUCAGAGCUGCCUCUUGGAGACAACUGACCACAACUCGUAUCUAUUUGGUCAAUUCUGUGACUAACAUCCCCACUUACAGAUUUUACACUUAGUUAAGUAUGUUCAAGCUACCAUUUCCUAGGGAAAAAAACAAAAGCAAUGAUAUCGAUGGAUAUUUAUGCGUAUGAAGGUGUAAAUGCGACUUUAAUUUUUUUAUUUAAAUUUAAUGUUAGAAAAGAUCCAACUGCUGUUUUGUUAUCCUGGAUAUUGAAUUUUUAAAUAAACACUUAACAUAAGCAAAGUUAUAUGGGCCCAGUAGAGGAGAUAAAUCUGAAUUCAUAGCGAGAUUGAAAACUAAAAAGCUUUGGAAUAUAACUUAACUAAAAUUGAAGAUUGAAGAAAAGAGUUGCAAGAAUUGAGAAAUAAAAGGAUAGAUGAUGUGGUUGUGAGAUCUAGAGUAUAAUGGUUCAUAGGAGAAAAACUGCGACUUUAAUAAAAGAAAUUUUGUUAAUAAAUCCAUGGGUUUACGUGAAUAGGGGAAAUGGAAACAUUAUUAUGGAUUAAGAUGACAUUUUAAAGAAAGUCCAACAUUUUUAUGAAGAACUGUACACAUUUAUACCAGUAAUGUUACACUAAGUAGCCUGCUACAUGAUGCCCCUGUGUAAACUACUGAAAUGUCAGAAUUUUUGGAGGGCCUUAUGAAACUGCAGUAGGCUGGUUAAGCACCAAAGAAUGUGAAAAAUAAUAAAAACCCAAGCCCGGAUGGUUUUACUGUUGAAUUUUUUAAGUUUUUCUUUGUGUACAUUGGAACUUUUCUUGUUAGAUCAAUUAAUGAAGGCUUUGAAAAAAGCCAUUUAUCAGUCUCACAAAGGCAAGGUAUAUUUACCUGUUUGCCAAAAGAGUUUAUUAAAACUUGGAGGCCAAUAUCUCUUUUGAAUGUAGCCUAUAAGACUGCAUCAGCAUGUAUUGCUAAACGAUUACAAAGUGUGCUACUGCUGGUGAUUGAUGAAUGUCAGAGAGGAUUCAUGAAACAUGGGAGAUGAUAUUCGGUUGACUUAUGAUGAACUUUACACAAGCUAGUAAUAUCCCUGGAUUAUUGCUAACUGUAGACUUUGAGAAAGCUUUCGAUUUCGUGUCCUGAUUUUUUUAUCGAAAAAUCUCUCUUUUCAAAUACUUUGGUUUUUCAGAGUCUAUCAUAAAAGAGUUUGUCAAAUUGCACAAUAAUGCAUCUUCCUGUAUAUUUUUCAAUGAGCAAUACUCAUGUUGGUUGAGCUUUAAAAAAAGGCUGCAGGCGAGGGGGUCCCAUUUCGCCUUAUUUUUACUUAAUCUGUGCAGUAAGGACAACGACCCUUAAAUAGACGAUUCAAUUCAAUGUAUAUAUUAUAACGUUUUCAUGCUUGUUACAAAUGGUCGUCCAUACUCGAAACCCCUGUGUGCAUUUUCACGCUGUAUAGUUGACUCUGUUCAACACAUUUUCCAAAUUAAUGAAUUUAUUUAUAUUCCCUUUGUGUUGACUUUCCUGCCAGCCAGAUCAUUAUUUUAUGCUUUCUUUCUCAAAUGUUUUCUACAUCAUGUAAACUUUAGUCUCUCACUUGCUAAAGAUGCUCCCCGAAGAAAAACUGUGGGUUUGGACACCUGCAACAUGACCUGGUCAACAAAAAAUUAUGCUUAUGAUGUUUUUGUCUCUUUUUAUAUUAUUUAUAUGUGUUAUUUUGCAUCAUUUGCUAAGUUUAUUGGUUAACGGCAGUAAAGCAAAGGUUUUAAGUGCAGUGAAA